CCGGGUUCGGUUCAAACACAUGACAUUAGAUUACAUCGACGCGUCCCCCGAAAAUGUGCAAAAUUUGCGCUAAAAACUGAAAAUAUUAUCAUUUUUUAAAAGUAAUUUAAGCCGGAAUAAAAGGAAACAUGUGGCGACAGGCGAAGACCGCGAUUCACAAAGUUUUACGGUUAAAUUCCAUCCAUAGACACCCAUGCAGAGCGCUGAAGUGCACCUCCGCUCCAGAGAGGGCGCUGCUGUACCGGCCCGGACAGAACCUCCACGGAUUCACCGUCAAAGAGGUGGUGUCGGUGCCUGAUCUGUUUCUCACGGCCGUCAAACUCACUCACGAUAAAACCGGAGCCGAGUAUCUGCACACGGCCCGAGACGACUCCAACAACCUGUUCAGUGUCCAGUUCAGGACGACUCCUCUGGACAGCACCGGAGUCCCUCACAUCCUGGAGCACACGGUUCUCUGUGGAUCUCACAAGUUUCCCGUUCGAGAUCCGUUCUUCAAGAUGCUCAACCGCUCCCUGUCCACCUUCAUGAACGCGUUUACAGCGAGUGACUACACCAUGUACCCGUUCUCCACUCAAAACUCCAAGGACUUCCAGAACCUUCUGUCUGUGUAUCUGGACGCUGUGUUUUUCCCCUGUUUACGGGAGCAGGACUUCUGGCAGGAGGGCUGGAGGCUGGAGAACGAGGAUCCCACCAACCCCAAGACUCCUCUGGUUUUUAAAGGAGUCGUCUUCAAUGAAAUGAAAGGAGCUUUUUCGGAUAACGAGCGUCUUUACGCCCAGUACCUGCAGAAUAAACUCUUCCCCGAUCACACGUACUCUGUGGUGUCUGGAGGCGAGCCGCUCUGUAUACCAGAUCUGACCUGGAACCAGCUCAAACAGUUCCACGCUACGCACUACCACCCCAGCAACGCUAGGUUCUUCACGUACGGAGACCUUCCUCUGGAGCAGCACCUGCAGCAGAUCCAGCAGGAGGCGCUGUCCAAGUUUGAACGAAUCGACCCCAAAACAGAAGUGCCGCCCCAGCCGCUCUGGCCCCGCCCCAGGGAGGCGCACGUGAGCUGUGGCCCUGACGCUCUGGCUCCAGACCCGACUCGACAGAACACACUCUGCGUCAGCUUCCUCCUGCCACAGAUCACAGACUCUUUUGAAGGCUUCACUCUCAGUCUGCUCUCCUCGCUCAUGGUCUCUGGUCCAAACUCUCCUUUCUACAAAUCGCUCAUCGAACCCAAGAUCGGAACGGACUUCUCCUCCGUCGUCGGGUACGACGGCAGCACCAGGGAGGCGUCGUUCAGCGUGGGUCUGCAGGGCGUCUCGGAGCAGGACCUGGACCGGGUCAAACACAUCAUCGCCCAGACCAUCGACCACAUCGUACAAGACGGGUUUGAGGAGGAGAGGAUCGAGGCGCUGCUUCAUAAAAUCGAGAUUCAGAUGAAACACCAGACGACAAACUUUGGCCUGGCCCUGGCCUCGUACAUCGCGUCGUCGUGGAAUCACGGUGGAGAUCCAGUGGAGCUGCUGCAGAUCGGGGAAAGUGUGAACAGAUUCAGAGAAGCUCUGAAGGAAAACCCCCGAUACCUACAAGAGAAGGUCCAGAAGUACUUUAAAGAGAACACUCACAGACUGACCCUGUCCAUGGGUCCAGAUGAUCAGUACCUGGAGAAACAGGCCAAAGCCGAGGAGGAGAAACUUCAGCAGAAGGUCCGGGCUCUGACGGAGGAGGACCGCAGGGAGAUCUACGAGAAAGGUCUGGAGCUUCUCUCUGCUCAGUCGGCUCCUCAGGACGCCUCGUGUCUCCCGGCUCUGAAGGUGUCGGACAUCGACCCCGUCACCGCCAGGACUCCGGUUCAGAUCUCCUCUGUGGGGGGCGUCCCGGUGCAGUUGUGUGAACAGCCCACCAACGGCCUGGUCUACUUCAGAGCUCUGUGUAACCUCAACACUCUGCCCGAAGACCUGCGCCCCCUCGUGCCGCUCUUCUGCUCCGUCAUCACCAAGAUGGGCUGUGGGUGGAUGGAUUACAGGCAGCAGGCUCAGCGCGUGGAGCUGACGACCGGAGGCAUGUCUGUGUCGCCUCAGGUCAUCCCCGACUCCUCCCACCUGGACACGUACGAGCAGGGGGUGGUGCUGUCGUCCUCGUGUCUGGACAGAAACCUGCCUCACAUGUUUGAGCUCUGGAGAGACGUGUUCAACAGUCCUCGCUUCGACGACGAGGAGCGUCUGCGUGUUCUGGUGAUGAUGUCGGCGCAGGAACUGGCCAACGGGAUCUCGUACUCCGGUCACAUGUACGCCAUGACCCGAGCCGCUCGCCACCUGACGCCCGCCGGAGACCUGCACGAGACGUUUGGAGGAAUGGAGCAGGUGAAGUUCAUGAAGAGAGUCGCCGAGACCCCGGACCUGAACCACCUGAUCCGGACUCUGCCCCGACUCAAGAAACACCUGUUUAACCCACACAACAUGAGGUGUGCGAUCAACGCCACUCCACAGAAGAUGUCCGACUCCUCCAAACACCUGGAGACGUUUCUGAGGGACGUGUCAGGAAACAGGAAGGACCGAAAGCCCGUCAGACCCACCACCGUCCAGAAACCCAUCGACCCACGGCUCGAAUCUGGACCCACCAAGACUCUCAUCGCCGAUUCAAACUACCAACCCUGUCACAUGAAGACUUUCUUCCAGAUGCCCUUCCCUGUCAACUUUGUCAGUCAGAGCAUUCGCACUGUUCCCUUCACACAUCAGGACUACGCCAGUCUGUGCGUCCUGGCGAGGAUGAUGACGGCCAAGUUCCUUCACGGCGAGAUCCGAGAGAAGGGCGGGGCUUAUGGGGGCGGGGCUCGGAUGGGAGGCGGCCUCUUCACCUUCUACUCCUACAGAGACCCUCAGUCGGUGCAGACUCUCUCAGCGUUCCGUCGAGGAGCAGACUGGGCUAAAUCUGGACUCUUCUCAGACCAGGACAUCGAAGAGGCCAAACUGUCGGUGUUUUCUGCAGUCGACGCUCCAGUCGCUCCGUCUGAUAAAGGGAUGAGUUUGUUUCUGAGUGGAGUGACUGACGACAUGAGAGACGUUCACAGACAGAGACUCUUCUCAGUUUCUCGUCAGGAUCUGCUGGACGUGUCUGAGAGGUACCUGAGCGUCGGCCGCUGCACAGACGGAGCGGCCGUUUUGGGUCCGGAGAACGACGCGAUCCGGAAAGACCCGUCCUGGAUCAUCAAAUAAGACAAAAGGAGGACGCUGUUACGGUUUUAGUAUUUCACAUUUGAGGCGUUUUCAGUGGCCAAAGCUCUAGUUUUAUUUCAUUAAAGGAAUCAUGUUUUCGCUGCUCAAAUCUGCACAGAAAAUCACUCGAAUUGAGAAUAUUCAUGAAGUGGACCAACAUGACUCAAAGGGAAUAUGUCUGGAUUUGUUUUUGGAGAUGUUCACUUGAAAACUACCGCUCCUCAUGACAUCACGAGGUGGAACAGAGCGUUUGGAGCUUUGCAGGUGUAGACGAAUAAUAAAGAGAGUAGAACGAAACAAAACACAAGUCCAGGUCUGAUUUUGAGGACGGAACGACAUUAGAACACGACUUAAAUCUCACAAGAGUCGAACCUUUUACAUGUUUAAACCGAGGAUUAAAGUUACAGUGUGUCACUUUCUGGAGUUGGCACGACAGAAAACCAGACUUUGGUACGUUCUCCAUCGUUACAGACAGUGUAGUGGAGUAACAGAUUACAUGUACCGGAGUUAUGUAAUCAGAGUACAAAUGAUGAGUAACUGUAUUCAGUUACAGUUACUGUUUCAGUGAGUGGUAAUUGGAUUACAGUUACUUUGUUGAAAUAAAUGGAUUACAUGGUGGUAUUUUCCUGUUUUCACAUUUUGGGCUAUAGUCUAAACCAGGACUAAACCAGGUCUAAACCAGGUCUAAACCAGGUCUAAACCAGGUCUAAACUAGGUCUAAAACCAGGUCUAAACUAGGUCUAAAACUAGGUCUAAAACCAGGUCUAAAACCAGGUCUAAAACCAGGUCUAAAACCAGGUCUAAAACCAGACUAAAACCAGGACUAAAAGCAGGACCAAAACCAGGUCUAAAACCAGGACUAAAACUAGGUCUAAAACCAGGUCUAAAACCAGGUCUAAAACCAGGUCUAAAACCAGGACUAAAACCAGGUCUAAAACCAGGACUAAAACCAGGUCUAAAACCAGGUCUAAAACAGGUCUAAACCAGGUCUAAAAACAGGUCUAAAAACAGGUCUAAACCAGGUCUAAAACCAGGUCUAAACCAGGUCUAAACCAGGUCUAAACCAGGUCUAAAACCAGGUCUAAACCAGGUCUAAAACCAGGUCUAAAACCAGGUCUAAACCAGGACUAAACCAGGUCUAAAACCAGGACUAAACCAGGAUUUAACAGGACUAAAUCCUGCUGUGUGGACGUGUUUCUUCGUUUUCUAUCAAUAAUAUUUUUAAUUUGGUUCAGUAAAAUCUGGACUUUUUAUUUUCUUUUAUCAGACAAAACUUCUUAUGUGAAGAUUUCCUCGUCUUUGUUUCUCUACAGCAAAUCAAGUAAUCCAAAGUAUUCAGAUUACAUUACUCACUUCAAGUAAUUUAAUGGAUUCCGUUACAAACUACAUUUUGGUGUGUGUAAUCUGUAAUCUGUAGGGGAUUACAUUUUAAAAGUAAACUUCCCAACACUGGUUACAGAUGAGUUUUGUGCCGUACUGUGGAACAUUACAGCCAUGGAAACAGUUUUUCAGUGCAAUAAGAACUUUUUUCUAGUUUAUAUUAUGGUUAAAAAGUUACGUACUGCAGCUUUAAUAAUAAUAAUACAAAAGUGAAAUGGCAGAAAUUCCAGCGGUGCUAAAAUCUCACCUCAUCUCAUCUUAUCUGGAAUUUUUCAUGUUUCAUGUUUUUGUUUUUGUUUUGUUUUUUACAAUUUAAAUAAUCUCUUUUGUAUUAUUUUGUAUUUUUAACUAUAUUAUAAACAACAAAUAUUCAAAUUUGGCAUCUGUACAAAACAACAUUCACAAAAAUCUGCCCAAAAAAACAGAUUUUAACCUCUAUUUCCAAUAUUUAAUUUAAAGUUUAUUUAAAUAAAAUCUAUCGGUGCCUAUUUCAGUUUUGAUAUUUUAUUAGAACACGACUUAAAUCUCACAAGAGUCGGACCUUUAUAUGUUUAAGACGAGGAUUAAAGCUACAGUGUGUCACUUUCUGGAGUUGUCGUAGCACCUGCAUGAUUACCGCGGAAACAAAGAAACAGAAAACCAGACUUGAGAAGAUUUUCCACCGUUACAGAUGAGUUUUACAUUACAGUACGACAUGUUGAGGACCUUUAAACCACUGAAAAGAUCCAACACGUCGUUUUAUAUUUUCCGUCGCUAUGGAAACAGUCCUGCUCUGUCAUCAUUCUGAGACCUGCAGAGAGAAAACGUCCACACGUGAAUCCUGGUGGAAAUGUUCUCAGCUCAAGUCGUUUCCUGUCGUGUUUUUUGCAGCGAGUCGUUUCAGUUGAACUUUUUCUGUAAAUACAGUUUGUACAAAAGUGUGAGAUUAAAAUUGUGAUACAAACACGA